AUGCCAGACCUCCGUCCUCCUUUCCCCCACCCAUCAACCAACUACCCCCACCCCCUCCUCCUGCUCUAUCUCCCUUCGCAAGCAACCCCCUUUAUCCCACCCUCGCUCCACGAGCAAUUCACCAAGGCCCUGUCAUCCUCACACUUGAGCUCCAUCAUAACCACUACCGCCGCCGCGAUCCCGGCGGAGAGCAAGAAUUGGUCCGCGGAAUGGUUCGAGGAAAUGACCUUGGAGCAAAGGGAGGUUGUGAGCAAUACGAUUCGUAUGGCAACUCUGGUUGAGGGCGAAGGAGGACUGGGAGGGGUUUUGUCGAGGGCUGCGGCGUGGGGGUGCCGGUUAGGCGCGGAGGGCGAGGAAGAGGAAAAAGGGGGGGUAGGGUGGCAGGUCAGGAGGUUUUGGCGAGGGUUCAGGGUUCCCGGGGAGGUGUCCGAUACGCUAGCUGGGCCAUGGGAGGAUGUUAAAUCCCCUCUCCCAGGGGUGGCAGUAGGCAAUGGCGAUGGCGAUGGCGAUGGUGAUGGGGAGGGGCAUGGCGAGGGGAAUGCAAACGCAAUCGUAUGGCGGAACGGAAGAGCACACACCCUCCGCAUCAUACAAAACAGAAAACCGGUCAGGGAAUCGGAUAUCCGGCGACAGCUCGACCACAUCACGGCCCUCCCCGCUCCCCCAUCCAAGGACGGCGGAGCAAACAUAGCCCUCCUAUCCUGGCGCUACGGCCGUACAGUCUGGUCCCAACUUCACUCCCAGCUACUAGCCCAUGCACAAAACCUACCGGCUUUUAGAAAGCUGUAUAAUUCCGCUCUUAGUAUUGCCCUCGAUCCUGCACUCGCCUGGUCGCCCGAUGAAGACGAAGAUGGGUUGGCAAGACUACUGAAUGAGGUACGCCACGGUGAGCACAGUCCGAAUAGACAUGCGGACGCAACCUUUGGCAUUGUCUCCUUUGGAUAUGGCGAGGAGGGGAGGAGGGAUGGUAAAGUAGGAUUAGUAUUCGAUCAUACACCGGGGGACUGCGGUGCUGCUAUAGAGCUUUCGAAGAUUCUAGCUAGUCCUGCAACGCAGGGAGAGAGAAGAGAGAUGGAGGAAGGGGUUGAGUGCAAUUUCAUUCCCGAGGUGCUAGAAUUCACGUUCCCGCCAGGACCUAAACUCGACAUACCAGGCAGUGUGAUGGAGAGGAUCCCGCGGGAGGUGAGUACAGUGACACUGAACACAGCCGGGAGGAGCUAUGUUUCCGGGGGCCUAGUGGACGUCGGCAUAAGCCUCACCCUCCUAGCCGCUGUGGCCCCCGAUGCAAAUGGCCAUCAAGCCUGGCCCCCAGUGUACCAACCCGUCUAUCAACCAAGCUUCUACAAAGGCCGGUGCGGGCCCGGGUGCUGCACCACGGUUGAAUCAGUGGCCUUCCUAUCGUCCCUUUUCCCUUCCUCCUCCUCCUCCCCCCCCUCCCCGCAGGAGGAAGACUUGACGCCCGCGUUCGAAAAGUACCUCUCCCGUCGCCGCGACAUUCUUUCCACAGCUAGGACAGGUAAGCAUCCUCCAUCAUAGAUUCGCACUCGCUUAUCUAUUACUUCUCUAUGCGGUAGCGAGUCCAACAGGCAUCUUUGCCGUUCACAAACUUUACCUUGCCCUCAAUUCCGCUAUCAACGCCGGUGAACAAAGUCCCGACGUUCGCGUUGUAAAGGAAGUGCUCGAAAAGCUUCGCUCGGAGGUCCAGUUCACUGGUUUGUUCGCCCACUCCCCACCGAACUCUCGCGGGUUAUUAAUUCCGGGCAGGCUUCACGGUUGAUAAGGACGAGGUUGUGGCGGGGCUGUCUAAUGUUUUUGCACCUGGUAUCCUUCCACUCUCCCAGUUCAUACCCUAACGUUGGAGAGUUGUGGUUGACUUGGGGGGCGGGGGCAGACCAAGUAUCCCUCUUCUACUUGCAGAAGCCGAGCACAUGUGUUGUAUCGUUUAGUGCUACGGGGCGGUAUAUCCCUCGACUGCCGGGUAUCCUGCAGAGGUUCGAGAGCAGAUGGGAGGUUGUUGCUGGGUUCUUGGAUGGGUAUGCGCGGGUGUAUAGGAAAGUGAGAGGGGUGGAGAAGAAUCCUAGAGCUACGGUGGAUAAAUAA